AAAGCUUAUCAUGAAUCAAGCAGAGAAAGGUUUAAAAUCUAUACUAAACUUCAUGGCAGAAAACGAAAACAUAUUCCAAGAUGACCUUACAAGAAACCUGUUCAUAGAUCUUUGUACCAAUACUGCUCUAUAUGAGUCUAAGGCCAUCAACAUAACCUUGAAGAAGUAUCCUGACGUCAUCGAUACCUUCUCAAAGUACAAAGCAUUGACUUUGAAUAACAAUUCAGUGUACACUCCAAGUGCUAAGAAAGUGCACAGUAACGAUUUUGACUAUAAGGUAUUAUGUUAUAUCGGCUGCAUAAUUGUGUGGGCAGACUUCUCCCAUAACUUAGGUAUUCUCCAAAAAGAGACUCUCAAGAGUCGAUUCGGAGGCUAUCAUUUAUGGGAUCAACUAUUCAAAGAAAGUACAAUCAACAUGAAGAGAUGGAAACAUAUCAUUGAGUUUAGAGAGACCUUUCCGUUCCAACCCAAUCAGUUCAUAGUCAUUCUUAGGCUUUUGCAUAUAGGUAUAUAGAUUGUAUGUAUAUAAUGAUCUCAAAUCUCACU